AUGACAUCUCCUCCAGUUCAAAAAGAUAUUGUGCACUGCUUUGCAGAAGAAGUAACUAAAUCUGUUAUCCAAGAAACUGGUAAUGAUGUCUUUGGCUUAUUGGUAGAUGAAUCAGCUGAUGUUUCAGACAAAGAGCAGAUGGCUGUGGUUUUUCGCUUUGUUGAUAAGUAUGGAAUAGUAAAAGAAAGAUUUGUUGGCAUUAGUCAUGUGAAGGAGACAUCUUCUUUAUCUCUGAAGAUUGCUAUUGAUUCUUUGUUUGCCAAACAUGGAUUGAGUUUGAAAAAGGUGAAAGGACAAGGUUACGAUGGAGCUAGCAACAUGAAAGGAGAAUUCAAUGGAUUGAGGUCACUGAUUUUGAAAGAAAGUAGUUCAGCGUAUUAUGUUCAUUGCUUUGCCCAUCAAUUGCAGUUAGUUGUUGUGGCGGUAGCAAAAAAACAUUUUGAAGUUGGAGACUUUUUUGAUAUGGUUUCUCUCUUAUUGAAUGUGGUUGGGGCUUCUUGCAAGAGAAAAGACAUGCUUCGGGAAAGCUAUCACAAAAAAAUUGAAGAAGGGAUUAGUAAUGGUGAAAUUAAGACUGGAACUGGGUUAAAUCAGGAGCUUUCACUUCAACGGCCUACAAAUACUCGCUGGGGUUCACAUUAUAGGACUUUACUACGGCUUGUUGAUUUGUUUUCUUGUAUUAUUGAGGUUCUUGAAUAUAUUCAGGAUGAGGGCGUAGACACAACCAAAAGGAGACAAGCAUAUGGCCUCCUCAAAUACUUUCAUACCUUUGAUUUUGCUUUCUAUCUCCAGUUAACCUUACAUAUUUUGGGGCUCACUGAUAGCUUAUCCAAGGCUUUACAGAGAAGAGAUCAAGAUAUCUUGAAUGCUAUUUCAUUGGUGGCAUCUACUAAGCGACAACUGCAGAAGCUUAGAGAUGAUGGAUGGGAUGAUUUUCUUACUAGAGUAUGUUCUUUUGGUGAGAAAAACAAUACUGAAGUGCUUAAUAUGGACGAAGAGUUUGUUGAUUCAAGAAGGCCAAGGAAAAAGACCAACAUAAGCAACUUGCAUCACUAUAAGGUAGAUUGUUUCUACACUGUCUUAGAUAUGCAACUUCAAGAGUUCAAUGAUCGAUUUGACGAGGUAAAUUCAGAACUACUUGUUUGCAUUGCAUCCUUAAGUCCGGUGGAUUCUUUUCGGCAAUUUAAUAAAUCAAUGUUGGUGAGAAUGGCUGAGCUUUAUCCAGAUGACUUUAGUUUUGUGGAGCGUGUAUCUCUUGAUCAUCAACUUGACAUCUAUCUUGAUAAUGUGCAAAGAGAUGAAAGGUUUUCUAAUCUUAAAAGUCUUGGUGAUCUAGCUCGUGUGAUGGUGGAGACAAAGAAACAUAUUUCUCAUUCUUUGGUUUAUCGACUUUUGAAGCUAGCCUUGAUUCUACCUGUUGCUACCGCAACCGUUGAAAGAUGUUUUUCUGCAAUGAACAUGGUACUUGACACUAUGACAAACGAAACAUUGAUUAAAUGUUUCAAAGCUCCGCCACUGCAUGACGUCGGGCAGUGUGCGGUACGCAGGACGCCGGGCAGUGCGCAGUACGCAGGGCGCAGGACGCCAGGCAGUGCGCAGUAUGCAGGACGCAGGACGCCAGGCAGUGCGUGGUACGCGGAAUGCAGGACGCCGGGCGGUGUACGGUACUCAGGACGCAGGACGCCGAGCAGUGCGCGAUACGCAAGACGCAGGAUGUCGGGCAGUGCGCGGUACAGAGGACGCAGGACACCGGGCAGUGCGCGCGCCUAUGGCUACGCCAUUGAUGGACUGAGCGCCUAUGGUUCCGCGAUUAGGGGCGUAACGCCUACGGCUACGCCAUUGGAGGACGGAGCGCCUACGGCUCCGCGAUUGCUGAUAGUGGCGCCUACAACUGCACGAUCUCCUGGAACAGUGCCUUCGGUAGUGUGCCUUCGACUGCGUCUUCUUCGGUCCUAUCAGCGCCUUAAGAUUGGUUCUUCGUAG